CCUUUUUAAACGGAAGGCCAAACUCUUCCUCCCCUUACAAAUCCUCUGCGUUUCGAUUGAAGAAGAGAAGAAAAAAGCCGGAAAAAUGGCAGAGAGCCCAAGCACGAUUGAAUCGAUGAGGAAGUGGGUCAUAGAUCACAAGCUUCGAACCGUUGGUUGUUUGUGGUUGAGCGGCAUAGGGAGCUCCAUCGCGUACAAUUGGUCUCGGCCGAGCAUGAAACCCAGCGUUAAGAUCAUCCAUGCAAGGUUACAUGCUCAGGCUCUCACUCUGGCUGCCUUGGCCGGAGCAGCGUUGGUUGAGUACUAUGACCAUCGGACGGGAUCAGGAUCCAAGGUGAACCAAUAUGCCAAGGAGUUCUUCACAAUGGAUGCGCGCCCACAGAAAGAUUGAAGUCAGAGGAAGCAGCAGCUGCUUGCCCCUGCUGUUCUAAGGCCAUCUGUUUAUAUUUUGCAUGUAAAACGUACGUAGAAGUGGAAUAAAUGCUGGAUUUUGGCUGAUCUUUGGUGUCCGAGUCCUCCUUCUCAUUUCAUUUAUUGAUGAAAUAAGGUGGAUUUCCAUUUAUUUUUAUGAAAAAAGAAAACUAGGGGAGGUUAGUUCUUCCUCCUGCAAUCUUUGUUUGAUCACGAUGGUACGCCAUUUGUGUAACAACCAGAACCUUAUUCAAAAUAAAAAAUAAAAAAGAGCUAAUCAAAAAAAAUUAUU